AUUUUGCUGGGCUUUGCUGGGUCUUUCUUGGAGCAGAGGCUUGGUCAGGUGUAACCUGCUGAUUUCACGGGGCAGGAAUGGAGCUGGGACUCCAGCCAACUCAAGAUGACGACGGCCACACCACUGACCAAUAACACUCAGCUCUCAGUGAAUGUGACCACAAAGUCUCAAGAACAAAAUCUCUAUCAAAGUUCUGGAGCAAUAGUUGCUGCCAUUGUGGUGGGGGUGAUUAUUAUUUUCACAGUGGUGCUGCUCAUCCUGAAAACAUACAACAGGCGCAUGCGAGUGCGGCGGGAGCUGCAACCCAAAGCCUCCAAGCUGGCAGUGCCACCUCCUGUGGGGCACAGCAGCCACAGCCUGGCCCAGCAGCCCUCGGUGACCUUCAUCCCUGUGGACAUCCACCUGCAGAGCAGGUAG